CCAUGCAUCUCUGAGUGCACAUCCCCCCCUUUUAACAAAUCCUGGCUACAUGCUCAAUUGUAAAUUUCAUUCAUUAUUAAGGUUGCCUACUCCUUUGUGAACGAGAGCGCUGUCAUGGUAACAAAGAAGCAGGUUGGCGAGAUUCGGGUUACAGUUGCUUGUCUACAAAAUCUCACUUUUGGGGAUGGCCUUCAAGAAUGGUUUCAAAUCGGCUGGAAAAUAGGUUUCUUCAGAAAGCUUCAUAAAGGACCCUACGCAUAUAUUUCUGAACCUGUUGAAAGCCGACUUGAGAGCCCGAUCUUGGAAUGGAAGCCUUUUCACCGUGUCUCUGGCCUAUGCGUCCGAUUCAGUUAUCUCAUGCCACAAAUCGAGGGCUCGUCAGAGAUACAAUUAUAUCUUAAUUCUACUACGAUCCAGCCCCGGUUAUUAUGGAAGCUCAGUGGUUACCAUGGUAUUGAGUGGUUACCAGGAAGUGUACCAUUGGAUGCGGAACAGGAUACAAAGGUAGAGUUCCUGGGUGUCUCAUCAACUAAUGGAUCAGUUGCUAUAGCGAUAGACGACAUCAUGAUCACAACAGAGAAUUGCACCACAAGCCCAGUGUAUGCUGCGCCUGGUUACAAGUGUGCGUCAUACGAGUUUCAAUGCGCCAGCGGUCAUUGUAUCAGCGGCAGCUCUCGCUGUGAUAGUGAUUAUAACUGCAUGGAUCGUUCUGACGAGGAUGGGUGCAAAUGCUUCACCAAUGAACUUACUUGUUCUUCCGGGCGAUGUGUCCCGUCAAUCAAUUUAUGUGACGGUGUCAAAGAUUGCGAGCACGGUCUCGAUGAGCUCAGAUGCGUCCGGCUGCCAGACCAAAGAACCCUGCACUUACGUCCAUACGACGUUUCUUUGUGGAUUCUAAAUAAGGAGAUGGUCCCUAACAAUAUUCCGAGUGAUGCCCAUUUGACAUCAUUGGGCAUCACAAGUUAA